GAACUUAGUGAUUACUUGCUCUGUGGUAUUGGCCAGUCAACACUCAAAAAUACUUAUAUCAAUUUUGAAAAUUACCUAUAAAAUUAAUAAAUUAUUUAUCAUACGACAAAGUAACUUUAACAAAAAAAUUGUCUUUCAUAAUUUUUAAAUUGAAUAUACUAUGCCUAACGAAGAACCACCGGACUUGGAUUGGGUGCAAUUGCGCCGGGAAAUGAGCAAUGUCACUCAACAUGCUGAAACAACCAAGGAAAAGUUUACUCGGAAAUUUACUGAAAAUCCUUUUGUACCUCUAGGUUGCCUUGCCACAGCAGGAGCUCUAUCAUUUGGACUGUGGAGUUUUAAAUCUGGUAAAACAAAACUGUCGCAACAAAUGAUGCGACUCAGAAUUGUAGCACAAGGCUUCACAAUUGCCGCUCUUGUAGUUGGAGUUAUGAUGACAGCAGGUAGAAACUUGAAAUGAUUGUAAAAUUUCAAUAUUAUUUAUAUAAAAUUAAGUAGAUGUGCUACAGAUACAAUCUUGACAAACUAAUGAUUAAUAGCACAAUUUGUAUCUACCUGAUUUCAGUAGUGUAUACAUUAUGAUGUUCAAUUUUAAUUUUAUCUUAUUACACUUGGAAUUGAUAUAGGUACUACAAAUUUGAUGUUAAAUAAUUUUUGUUGGCAUAUCUACCCUAUUUUGUCUUGAAUAAAUUUUAUAAAUAUGCAAGUUGUAUUAUAUUCCAUAAGGUUGUAUAUUUAUAAUGUUUUGUUUAACAAUUUGUUAGAUCCAUAUAAAAAAUAUGUUUAGAAAAUUAUAUUGUAUAUUUAAUACAUUUAUGAAAUAUAAAAUUUUGAUGUAUUUUUCUAUCACCACUAACUGUACUGUGAACCUAUUUAAAUUACAUAGGUUAUAUUAGAAUUAUAUUAAAAGAUAUUUGAUUGUAAAUUUGGGCAUUAGUUAUAUUUUAGUUAUAUAAUAAGUUUUUUUUAAAUAUCAAUGGAAAUCAUAUUUCCGUAGUGCUUGUUGGUUAAAGAUAUUAGAAUGGGUAAGUUUGCAUAAAACUUGUGAAAUAUGUAAAAUUAAAAAUGAACCUUAUAUCUGAUCCAGAAAUUGAUUUGAUUGCCGACAAAUUAGCAAUCACUAUGCAAUCGAUAAUUUAUGAUUUAUAAAAAAAUUUGUAUUAGUACAAUUGUUUAUUAUUUAACAAAUGAAAUACAUAGACUUAGUAUAACAUACUUAAGUGAAGUAUUUAAGAUGAGCUAUAUGUAUUUUUCUUUGACAAAAUGUGCGCUACUAAUGAUUAAAAAUAGUAAUAAAUGAAAUAU